CGAGAAGCAGAGGGGUGUAGCUCCAGAGUAACCCUCAGCUCGAGGCUUCUCUGCGGCAUAGGCUACUGUUGCCUACGCGAAACGCCGCAGUGUAUUCGCUGUCAAGCUUGAACUAGGUGCUCUGGACUUGAUAUCUGAUACAGGCUCAACACUGCUUUGUAGAGGGGCUCUGUUUGCCUUAAAUGUGCAGUGGAUGUCAUUUUUGUGUGAUAAGUGCAUUACGAGGGCUUACGCUUUCUCUUCCGUCUUUUUGGAGACGGUAGGCUACAAAUAUCAGAGGAAUCGUAGGCUAUACAAACAAGGAUAAUCAGUGUUGCUAAUUUUAUUUUUAAAGAUCCUGGAAGACAGUCGUCGAUGGAAGAAUAUAAGUGAAAAAACAUUUGUUAUUUUGGCUAGUGUAGUGAGUUCCAUUUUAAUACGGAUACACUGAACUUGCUACUUUCCCAAGGAUCGCUAAAAGGGGCGUAGCAUACCGAGGAAUACUGGUUGCUACAGUAUCAAAACGGCAGUGGUGCACGUUUCGCCUGCACCAUGAAAUUACACUCUUUGUAUGUAACGUAUUGCGGUUGGAGAAUGCAUUUAGCGUAACAAUUAUUGGAACUGAUUUCGCCGAGACCUUUUAAAACCGUAAUGGCAAACGAGAUUGGUCACGAUAAUCGGAGUAUAGUGGAAAAAUAUAUUAGUCACAAACUCUUGAAAAAGGGGCAUGUGUGGGAAUUCCAUCUGACCGAAGAAACGGAUUCUCCAAAUAAUCUUUCUUCCGACUCCUCGCCAGUUUUGGCACGACGAGCACAGACAGCUGCCUUCAACCGGAUUCCCCAACCGGACCCGCACGCUGCGCUUCACAGGGUUUUGCGUGAAGCAGGCGAUGAAAUUGAAAGGGUGUAUCAGGACGACUUUGCAGAGAUGUCACAGCAGUUGCAUUUCACACCUAACACGGCACAAAGGAGGUUCGCGUCAGUUAUAGAAGAGCUGUUCCGGGAUGGGGUCAACUGGGGUCGAAUUGUUGCCUUCUUCGAGUUCGGUGGGACGAUGUGCGUUGAAAGUAUGAACCGGGAGAUGACGGCCCAAGUAGAUAAUAUUGCGAGCUGGAUGACGGAGUACCUGAAUGGGCCGCUGCACAACUGGAUCCAGGAGAAUGGCGGUUGGGAUGCGUUUGUGGAGCUGUACAGCAGACAGCAGGGGGCCAUGUCUCACUGCUCAUGGCCGUACAUAAAGACGGUCUUUGGGCUGGCUGCUCUGGGUGCUGCGGGCGUCACCAUCGGCGCCUUUUUCACAAAGAAGUAAAGAAAUCGGGAGCUCUUUCCGGUCAUUUCUUGGAAAGGCAGAAAGGAUACACGCACACGCAGGCACACGUACACACGCACACACAUACAGGCACCCAAGCCAAACUGCUCCUGAAAGUUUAAAAGCCCUUACACUCUAAAUACUUCAUACAAGAGACUUCUGUUCCAGAAAGCCAUUAUUUCAAGACAAAAACAAUACAAAAUCCAAUAUCAUGCACACUCAAUGUUAUGUAAUUUGUUUUCUCUUACUAUACAUAUAAAAAUAUAUAUGUAAAUGGACUAAAAUAAUAUUAUUUUAUUUUUCUUCUUUUUUUUUUACAAUAGAAUCCUGAAAACUAUGUUUAUUCAGUACUUCUGCAUGAGAAUGUUACAGUUUGUGCUGUGGACAGAUGCCUUCCAUGCGAAUGUAUGUACAACUCCCUCCAUCUCUAUGGGUGAAAGAGAAAUCAGGAAAGUCUAUACCCUUCUGCAAGACUAGACUAGCUUCUGGUGUCUCCCAGUUAUGAUUGUUUAACUGGAGAAGGGGGGAAUCUUUUGCAUUAUGGUCUUUGUAAGGAGCUCCCCUAAUUCACACACACAGGCAGCCACACACACACUCACACACACAGGCACACACACACAGGCACCUACACACUCACACACACAGGCACCCACACGCACACUCACACACACAGGCACCUACACACACAUUCACACACACAGGCACACACACACACUCACACACACAGGCAUCUACACACCCACUCACAUACACAGGCACCUACACACUCACACACACAGGCACCCACACGCACACUCACACACACAGGAACCUACACACACACUCACAUACACAGGCACCCACACGCACACUCACACACACAGGCACCUACACACACACUCACAUACACAGGCACCCACACACGCACACACACACAGAUAUGGUAAUAUAGUCAUUGUCUCUGACAGGUUCUGUGAUCAUCAUUUUCAUAUUAGUAACCGUACAAUAUAACCAUUUAUGAUUUUAUGAGUACUCAGCCUCAUUCUUCACCAACCCCCUCCCCUCCCCUCCUCUCCCCAGGUGCUCCUACACACAGCUGUUCCAAAGCCCAGUCUCUGUUCUAUUCUUAUAUUUACUGGCCUUUAUGAAAUUAUGAGAACCUUGACAUUAUCUUCUUUCAUGAUUAUCAUCUGUCCAUGUCAGAGGCCCUUCAUUUGCCUGUUUUCAUUUGCCUUUGAGGUCAGACAGGCCAUGAUUUGUGUGUAGAGUGUAUUAUGGCUUUAUUCCAUUUAAUAUUCCCUCUGGAGAGCCAGACUGGGGAACUACCGAAACGCGAGAGGUCAGGUGCAACGUGGUGUUGUGGCUUUUUUUUAAAUGAGGAUAUAUGACAUAUUUUACAAAUAAGAUGGUCAUUUCAAAAGGUCACAUGAUUAAGGUAUAUCAGACCCACUCAAUCAAACUGGCCUUUUAGACAGGUAGGAUCUUUAUGUUCGGACAUGGCAAAGGGAGGUGGGAAUUCCCAGACUCACAGAGUGUAGUUACCAGCCUGGACCUGAGGCUGUGACUUUGGUUGAUGUUAGUUUGCUUUUCCCAGCUGUUACACUUUAACUUUUACACUUGGGCCGUGAACCGUGCCAGGAGGGGUUGUGUUGCUUCUUGUAUUGUGAGUAUGAAGGGCAGUGUAGUCAAACGCAAUUAUCAUUGUACCCUGUUCUGUGCCGAGCAGCACCACCCCUGGUUCUGUUGAGAAGAUGUCUGGUAACUGUUGAGUCACUGUCCUCUGGUGAAAGAAACCCGCUGUCCUUUGAUGAGGAACAGAAUGCUCAUCAGAGCUGGAAAGAGAUGUACUCCAGUGAGAGGUCGCUUUGUUGGGAAGGUGGGAGGGAACAGAGGCUAGAAGGGAAGGGAGAGUGUGAGAGAGGAUGUUUUGUAACUUGAUUUGUUGAAAUAAAGUUAGAGCACUUAGAGUUUUCAAAAAGAAGGUGAUGGGAAGAAACAGGAGAGGGGGAUUGAGAGAAAGAUGUGUUUGUUUUUGGUUCAAACAUGGCCAAAGUUCACAGUUCACAGCCUUGCAUCUCUUAGCUUCUUCUGAAACAGGAACGCUCCUCCCAGAGUCCUUUCUUCUUACCUUUCUGGGUCCUGAAUGGCAGCAGCGUAAUGCUCAGCAGGGUGGGCUCAUGUUGCAGGGAAACGCGAGCCCACCCUGGCAGGCCUCUGGCAGAGCAGGCUGAGGGGGUUCCAGAUGGACUCGCACUGAGCACACUCACUAAUGAGGGCUCUGCGAGCCACGUCUGGCAGCAUCGGGGAAACAGCGCCCCCUGGUGCAUGGCUGUCCCACUUUUGUGUGGAUAGUGGAGAGCUACCAAAUGCUGAGAUUGGGGAAGGCUGUGGUUCAUACAGCAUUUCUGAAUUCUGUUUGCUGAAAAUGGACAACAUACCGCAGUCACAUGCUUUUGAGUUUGCAGCCAGCAUUGGUUUCUCAUGAAUAACUGUGUGGCGGAACGUGUCUUCUUCCAUAGCACCAUCGGACAGAGGCCUACAUGGUUUUCACUCACAGUUUCCAUUUGCCCCUUCUUCAGGAAGAGAAUAUUUGACGAUGUGUGCAAUUUUGGUGAAAAUAGCUUCUUUUUUUUUUGCAGUUAACUUUGCCUCAAUGUCUGCCUAGACAUUUAUUUUUUUUCUCUUCCCUAAGUUUACAUCUGCUGUACAAACAUGAUUUGAAAGGUAAACAUGAAUAUGACUGUUGUGUGAGUAAGCUUGUAAAAUGUGUUUAUUUAUUGUAAGGUACUGAAAAUAUAGUUACUCACUGCAGCAAAGUACAUAAUGUAACCCUUUGUUCAGUAGGGUGUUAUGAAAUGAAAGCUUGAGGUUAAUCAAGACAAUUUUCUCCAGAACUAGCAGUCACACUGUAACAGCUUGAUGCUUGCGGGCGUUAAUUAAUGAAGAAUAAUCUGUAAUGAGUUAAAAAUGUCCUGUGAGAGCAAAUGAGUUCUGAAGGAAGUAGAUAUUCCUUUACAUUGAUGUUCACAAUUAAUUUGCCAUUUGAAAAGGUUUUUAUAUUAAACAGCAAAGCUGCUUGUAAUGUAGAAUUACAGGAAAUACUGCCAUUUGAGAACUCUGUACAGGUCCAAUAUCGUCAGAAUAUUGUCCAAAGAAUUGUCCGUUCAUAAAAGGUGAAUUUCUGUGAUGAACAUGAGCAAGGUCUUAUAUAAUGUGGACUGGAAACUGAAAGGAGUUUUUAUGAUGCUCAAAAUUAGGAAGCAUAAAGAAGUUUGCAUAAAGAAAAGUUUAUCCAAAAGAUGCUAAAGUUCACAAACGUGAUAGGGAAUCUCCGCAUUGAUGUUCUUAUGAAGCAAUGGGAGAACCUUAGAUUUAAAAAAAGAUGUUAUUAUUAACUAACUUCUUCCUUCUAAAAUUUUGAGCAGAAUCUGUCUUUUCUUUUAGAAUGUAAUCACAUUCCACCGAGGGAAUCAUUUAGAAGGAGUGGAGAGGAGUGUGCGUGUGCACGUGUGUGUGUGCGUGUGUGCGUGUGUGCGCGUGUGUGUGUGUGAGUGUCUAAUGAAGAGUGUGUAAAUAUUCUAUUCUGUCAGAGAGAGCAUGAAGAUGCAUGCUUAUGGGUAGCAAUAGGCUACUAUGUUAACUUGCAGUGCAGCAUUCUAUUCCUCUAUUAAUGUAAUAUUUCAGUGGCACCUGUCAAAGAGAUACUGACAAACCAAGGGUGUUUCUGUAGUGCUGAGUGACAGAGUUGUUCCAUAACGUAACAAUGUCUUUAAUGUGUGGGACUUUAAUGAAUGUGGUUUAUUUCCUUGAGACGCCGUUUGCUGUAAUGUACAUAAACACCACCAGCACACGUUUCAAUGUUUUUGUGUUCAGACAUUUAUUUCACUUUUGUUUGCUCUUUGCUUAUGUAAUGUGUACCAGCAAUGUUACUGAGUAAUGUGUAUCAAUAUGUAUGCGAGUUAAUUUUAAAUCGCACUGUUCACAAUAUUUGAAAGUUCAUAACUGGACAGAAUUAGCAUCUCUUUUUCUCUCUCACACAAACAGGCACACGCACACGCACACUUACACACAUUAUAUAUAUUAUAUAUACGUAAUUUUAAAGUUUGUGAUGAAGGCUAAACUGUUAUGUUUAUUUUAAUAUUUCUUCAUUUUAAAAAGAGGUUACUUUCUAUUUAAAAGUAUUUAAGAAAAUAGCAAUAACUAUUGUUUAAAUUUGAUCAUUAUUCAGUAUUUGAGUGUAAUUACUAGAAUCAGUGCUGCAAGUGGUGUUACUUGUGGUAGUUAGAAUGAAAUUCAGGCCAAUGUGAUGCUAUGAUCAUAAAAUCAGUAUACUGUACAUUUGUAGCUUUACCAUCAUUAAGGGCAGCUAAAACAUUAAAGUCUAGCUUUCAGUCAUAGCCACUAAAAGCACAACGAGAUCGCUGGUGAUUCAUUAACCUGAAUGCAUAAAUAUAACUUCUGAAUAUUAAAUAUAUGUCUCAUAACAUGUAUGAAAAAAAAAAAAAACAAGCUAACUUUGUAGCUUGGUCAGUGCUCAUCCUUCCCACAUUACAAGCAAAUCUGUAAUAUUUAUUCAAUGUGACCAUUUCUGUCUUAUGUAAAUUCAUUGCUACCUGUAAGUGUGUCAUUCCUUCAUUUUGCUUGUGUUCCUUCUCUUUGUAAUGUUAUAUUCUUUAUCUGAAUAUAGAAAUCAUGAAUAAAUUGUUCUGCUUGUCAUUUA